AUGUCCUCACCGGCCUUAUUCUUUCCGCCUGGGGAAAGUGGGUUGUGCUACACAGCUGUGCAGCUCUCCAAUCACUCCCACCACUACCGCUCCAUGACGACUAGAGAAACAAAAUUUCCCAGAAUCCCAAGAUCUUCGGUGCGAUGUGGCACCGUCUGGGGAGGCCAUGGCAGCCACGCUGGCAGAGACCAGGGAGGGCAGGCGCAUACGGGCAGCUCAGGCACACACUUGCCGCUAUCUGCCUGCAACGUACCUCGGCUGUCAGAGGCCCUAGGCGUAUGGCAUGUUCGACCUCUAUACUGGGAACUCCCUGUGCGCCGGGGCUGGUGCUGGCCGUUUUGGCUCCGUUCUACGAUCUCAUUUCCGCUGACAGGCCAUCGACGGCGAGUCUCUGGGCCUUUGGCCCGCGGCCUUUGCUUCGUCCUCGUCUUAUUAAUCUAA